AUGGAGUCUGAGGCAAAAUUGCUUUCGGAAUUGUUCUUCGAGAUUCUGAGCCGAACAAGUUUGGAAACGUUGGAACAAUGCAAAUCCGUUUCAAAGGAAUGGAAACAAAUCAUCUACGAGCCCACUUUUAUCCCUCUCCAUUCCCAACGAACCAAUUCCCUCUACGGCUAUUUCUUCCAAACCUUGAAAUCUUCGAAAUCCCACUCCGCCUUCGUCUCCACGGCCCCCGGAGCCAUCAAUUCGACGUGGCCUCGCAACGAGGGCGUCGAAAUCCUAGCCUCAUGCGAUCAAGGGAUCCUCAUCUGCGAGAGAGGAAUAUGCCGCAACAAGCGCUUCUACGCCUGCAAGCCCGCCACCGCCCAAUGGCAACCUCUCCCAAAUCCCAAACUCCGCUACCAAACCAAAUCCGUCGCCGUCGUCGUUGCCCGUUCCCAUCCCCUUCGCUACGUCAUAGUUCGAUUGUACUCCUUAGGGAGCCAGCUCCACUGCGAGAUCUUCGAUUCAGAGAGAUGGAGAUGGGAGAAGAUCGAUAAUUCGCCUCUCUACGGAGAGAUUGUCAUCAAUUGCUCUCCCUCUGUCACCACCGCAGGCCGAUUCGUGCACUGGCUCACAUUAAACGACAGCGUGCUGACGUUGGACGUGGAGAAGAGGCGUUUUCGAUGCUCUGCGCUGCCAGGAUGCCUUCCCAUGUGUAGAUGGACGUUGCCGGCGUUGGUGGAAUAUGAAGGGGAAUUAGGGUUUAUGUGUCAAGUUGAGGAAAAAGAAGAUCGUAGCGAGAUGGAGGUGUGGAGCAAUGGAAAAAAGAAGGCGGUGGUGAAUAUGAGAGAUAUAGGUUUGGGUUUGGAUUUGCAACACCCGGUGGCGGUGGAGUUUUGCAGUAGCAAUGUGGUUUUCAUAAGAAGUAUGGAAGGAGGUGGUUUUUAUAAUAUGCAAAAUCGCAGUUUUAGUAAAGUUGAAGUACCUUACGAUCUUAGGAUUCCGAUGCAAGUGUUUCGAUUCAGAUCUGAUUCACAAAUUGUCCAUCUCAGAGGUGGUUGCCAUGCUUCCAACACAAGAAGAAGAUAG